AUGGACCACGAGCGCUGCACUCGAGGCGCUUUUGAAGCUAUUGAGCAAAGUUCGAUGAGAGACAUCUGCAGCGGACUUCCGACGGCGUCGCUGAACGUGCGUCGCUCUGGCUUGAGGAAUGAAGCGACGGAGCCUGCUGGAUGGGUGGCGUUGCCAGUCCGAGCUUUGAGCCCGAGACUCCAAGACUCCCUCCCAUUCACUUUUCACCAUCAAAUUUCCAACAGCCAAAAAAUUCCUCACUACGAUUCCAUGAUGACUUCUGACACCACAAACGACAUCCAAGGCCUUCGAGAGCAGAUACUGGCGAACGCCGCCUUCUACUUCACCAAAGCUCGCAACGAGCACUACUACAAGAAUUGCCGAGUUCCGUGCCUCCGAAUACCACACCAGCCCCAGAAUUUCGACAUAAUCAUACAGAAAACCGAUGGCUCCUACAGUGCAGUCCUCAUUUGUGGCAACCCAGACAAACGCGCCAUGGCCGCUGCUGGUGGCUGGACGCAUGACGCGAGCUCGGCGCUGGAGUCACUUCUUGAUGUGAUGAGUAAAGCUGUUGCUAGGAAAGUCGAUCUCCUGGGCGGGCGUGAGAAGGAUAUGAGGGUCACUGGUAAUGGGAUUAAGAGACGAGAUCAUGCGGAUGGAGGUCAUGAUAACUACGAGAUCGAGCUUAUGGAACUGUCUGUGCGUCGUGCGCUGACUUCUUGCAAUCAUUACCGCGAGACUCAAAAGAUCUAUCCAGGAAACAACAUUUUCGUCUCCAAAACUAGAUAUCGCUGGCCUUCGCGAGUAGAGCUUGGGGAUUCAGACAUAUCUCAUUGCCAAGGAUCACCAGCUGACAGGAAUCAGCGAACGCAGCCUUCGUCUUCACCAAAGUUGUUCUGCGACGCCAUGCUUAUUUGUGGUGAUCUGAGAGAACGGAUCUUGCUAGCAGAGGGAAGCGAGAAACGAACGAGACAGGACGCACUUGCAUCGCUGUCUCGGGUUAUCUGCAAGGCAUGCGGCAAGAAGGAACAAUCGCUAAGAUAUGGGCGCGCGAGGGAAUGGUGA